UUAUUGUUUUCUUUUUGAGGUUAUUUUCUAACGUCAAGUGCUUAAGUGCAUGGCCCCGUAAACAGAGGUUAAAAACGUAAUAUUGUGAAAUGAUAAUUCAAUUCUACAUUCACUAGCUAAAGUGCGACGUUGUGAUUAGUGAAUCUGUACUAAUAUAAAUAUUCAAAAUGGUGCGACACAAUAAUCAGUUGCCAAAUAAUCUGACGCAGUUACAAAAUCUGAUCAAGAGAGAUCCCGAUUCAUACAAGGAAGAGUUUCAUCAGCAACUUGCUCAUUUUGAAACUACUUUGGAAAUUUUCAAUUUGAAUCCUACACAGUACAAUAAAAAGCUAGAUGAACAGGCCAUGUUCUUAGCUCAAGUAGCCCAAUGCUACCUUGAAGAGAUGAAGUUAUUUCCUCAGAAAAUAGUAGAUGUCUUGAAGACACACAAUACAGUUUUACACAAUGAUAUGCGCCUCUCUUUAUGUAAAUGUCUCAUUCUAUUGAGAAACAAGAAUUUCAUUACAGCUUUUGAUCUGUUGGAAUUGUUUUUCCUCCUCUUGAAAUGCCAAGACAAACAUUUGAGAGAAUUCUUGAAGACACAUAUCAUUACAGACAUCAAAAACAUGAAUAUGAAACACAAAGAUAUGAAAUUUAAUUCAACAUUACAGAACUUUAUGUUCUCAAUGUUGCAAGAUUCUAAUCCAAAAGCAGCUAAACUGUCGCUCGAUAUCUUAAUUGAAUUAUAUCACAAAAAUAUAUGGAAUGAUCAGAAAACUGUGAAUAUAAUAGCUGACAUUGGUUGCUUCUCAAAAAUUACAAAAGUUAUGGUUGCAUCUCUAAAAUUCUUUUUGGGAAGAGAUGAAGAAGAAGAGGAAAAGAACUCUGAUAGUGAAGAAGAAAUAGAUCCCAGGGAUACUAUGAUUUCAAAUAAAUUCAAUAAAAAGACAAGGAAAAGAGAGAAAAUGGUGGAGAAAGUUAAGAAAAUGGCCAAGAAAAUAAAGAAGAGAAAACAGAAAGCUCCUGUGUUCAACUUCUCUGCUUUACAUUUAAUCAACAAUCCCCAGGGAUUUGCCGAGAAGUUAUUUAAGAAGUUGGAAUCUUCUAAUGAUAGAUUUGAAGUCAAACUUAUGUUGUUGGAUGUUAUUUCAAGAUUGAUAGGUUUACAUGACCUGUUCUUGUUUAACUACUAUCCAUUUAUUGCAAGGUUACUUUUACCUCAUCAACGAGAAGUCACUCGGAUACUAUUAUUUGCUGCCCAAGCAUCUCAUGAACUAAUUCCACCAGAGGUACUAGAACCUGUUAUGAAAGCUAUAGCAAAUAAUUUCAUCACUGAAAGGAAUUCCACUGAUGUCAUGGCAGUUGGUUUAAACGCUGUGAGAGAAAUAUGUGCCAGAUGUCCACUGGCUAUUGGUGAAGAUUUACUCAGAGAUUUAGUUCAAUACAAAUCUUACAAAGAAAAAUCUGUGAUGAUGGCUGCAAGAUCAUUGAUUCAGCUGUACAGACAGUCAAUGCCUGAUAUGUUGCACAAAAGAGAUAGAGGAAGGCCAUCAGAGGCUUCUAUAGAAUUGAAGAACAAGAAGUAUGGUGAAAUGGAAAUUAAGGAUUAUAUACCUGGGUCAGAGGUAUUAUUGGAGAAAGAAGAAAUCAAGGACUCAGAUAAAAAGAACAAUAAGAAGUCUAAUAAAAAGAAAGAUGAUUCAGAUAGUGAAGAGUGGGUAGAUGUUGCAUCCUCUGAUUCUGAAAUCAAUAUAUCUGACAGUGAUGAAAGUGACAAUGAGGAAGAAGGUAGUGAUGAAGAAGUAGAUGGUGAGGAAGAGGAAGUGGAGAAUGAAGAACAAGAAGAAGAAGAAGAAGACGAAAAUGAUGAAGAUGGCAAAAAAGAGAAUGAUAAAGAAGACAAUGUAAAAGAUCUUGAAAGCGAUUCUAACAAAACAACUGACAGGAAGAUCUUGAAAGCAAAGCGUAAAUCACUAGAGAAAAAAAGUAAAGAAGAAAAAGUACAAAGUGCCAGAGAAAAAGCAAUGGAAACUAUUUUUACUGAUGAAGACUUCAAACGAAUUGAAGCAGCACAGCUCAAAAAAGCUGUAACAGGCACUAAACGUAAGAGUGCUGUAGUAGAUGAAGAAAAUGAAUCUGGAGAACUUGUACAACUGUCUGCUAUUGAGAACAUUCACAAAAAGAGGAAACAUGAUAAAGACGCAAGGUUAGAUAGUGUUCUUAAGGGUCGUGAAGAACGCGAAAAAUAUGGGUAUAAAGAUAGAAGGAAGAAUAUCCACUGCUCCAAAACGAACAGGGAAAAGAGGAAGACCAAAAACUACCAAAUGGUAAAACAUAAAGCUAAGGGUAAAAUAAAGAGAUCCUUUAAAGAUAAACAAAUAGCCUUCAGAAAUUAUUUGAUCAAGCAGAAGAAAAUGCGUUGAUAAACCUUUAUACACUGUAUAUUGUAAAAUAAAAUGUUAUAACUUA